GAGUUCCAGAAGCUUUGUUUAAAUGUGCCAGCACACAGAGCGGUUUGAUAAUGGCGCCAAAGCGGAAAGCAAACAUCAAUCAAAGUAAGAGUCCAAAGACUCCUGCUAAAAGAAGGAGGACAGACACAGGGACAGACAAUAACCAAGCGAAGAUCACUGAAUACUACAGGCCUUUGAGUUUGAGACAGGAUCAGGUGCCAUUGAAGACAGAGGCAAAGCUCCCAAACACCUCAUACCCAUCACAAGUGAACAUCCAAGACCUUCCAUCUCACCUGCUGCAGGCUGUGUUUUCCUACCUGCCCAUACAGCAGCUGUGUCUCCAUGUCAAAUGUGUCUGCCGCUCCUGGAGAGAGAUCAUAUCAAACCCAGAGUUUCUGCCCUGGAGGAAGCUCUACUAUAAUUACCAGCAGGGAGAUAUAGAUGCUAAGCAGCAGGUGCAGCAUUACCUGUUUGAAAAUAACAUCACCAAAGAGAAUAAACAGUGUGUGAUUAACUUAAUCAGGUUCCUGUCACCGAAGUUUGAAGCAUGUGAGGGUGAGAUAUCUCGGUUUGUGAGGGGACACAGGCUGUAUGACCAGGCGAAGGACUGCAUGAGGACUACACAGCUACUGAAUUCCAUUAAGGCUGAGUAUAAGUGGGUGGGGCUGGUGGUGCUGAUGCUGCUGCUGGCUGAUGGUGUGGAGGAUGUGGAAGCGCUGGUUUUCCAUCUGGAGAGCUCCUCCUGUCCUUUGUCUCACACUAAUCUCUCUGAACUCCUCUGGGCUCUCUCCACACUGCUGCUUGCCAUGACACACACCGGCAUCAGGAUCAGCAGCAGGCUUCACUAUAAUGUGUUCUAUGUGUUGUUUCAAAUGGAGAACACAGCUCCUCCUGUAGAAGGUAGCAGAGGUACUGGAGAAAAGCAGCUCCAGAUGACUCAUGAGCAGCAAUGUAUUAUUAACCACAACAUGCAGCCAAGUCAUGUGGUCAAAGUUGAGGCUUUUGCAGGCACAGGUAAGACCAACGUGCUGAUCAAGUUUUCCCAACAGAGACCAAAUCUUCGCCUUCUGUAUGUUACCUUCAACAAUGCUGUAGCAAAGAAGGCGAGACGCUGGUUUCCCAAAAAUGUAGAAUGCAGGACGAUCCACUCCUUGGCCUACAAUGCUGUGGGGAAAAGGUAUAACACGCUGAAGAAAGUCACGGACAAAAUGAAGUUAUUCUUUCUGUCAAAGAUUUUGCCGGAGGGGAAGAGAGGCUACGUGAAUGCUAAAGUGGUCAGCCAGACUAUUGACACCUUCUGCCAAUCCACAGACUCACACAUCAGCACCAAACACGUCCCACUCGAAUACAAAAACACCAACGGCUUGAUCCAAACUACCAAACCACACGAGAAGCGGGAAUUUGUCAACAUAGCAAAGGAUGUUUGGAGCAAAAUAAUCAAGGAGGAGCCACGUGAACAUCAUGCUUACUGCAUCACACAUGAUGGCUACCUUAAACUGUGGCAGCUCCAGAAGCCCAUUUUGAAACAGUAUGAUAUCAUCAUGAUUGAUGAAGCUCAGGACUGUUCUCCAGUUAUCAUGGACAUUUGGCUUUCUCAGCCUUGUGCAAAGAUAUUCGUUGGAGAUCCUCACCAGCAGAUCUAUGCUUUCAAAGGAGCUGUCAAUGCCCUACACACCAUUUCACAUACACACCUGUACUACCUUACACAGAGUUUCAGGUUUGGCUCUGAGAUUGCUUACACUGGAACUGCGGUCCUGGACGCAUGUAAAAAAGUAAAGAGGAGUUUAUUGGGAGCAGAACAAGAUGGCAGUGUGUGUGGUGAUGACAGUGAGGUGGUGGACAGCCUAAGGUCAGGAUCAGGGAAGGGAGAUGGAAGAAUCGCUGUUUUGUGUCGUAAGAAUGUCACUGUGUUCAGCGAAGCAGCUCGGCUUGUCCAAGCAAACCCAGAGUGCAAAAUUCACUUUAUUGGGGGAGUUCUAAAGCUUAAGCUGAAAGACAUUGAAGACAUUUGGACUCUAAAAUCAAGGAGACAAUGGGAAUACGUGGGCUACUCACAAUCUUGGGAAAACCGGAAUAGGAAAGAAUUCCGUAAUCCCUUCAUUCAGCACUUCAGCAGACAUGGAGGCUUUGAGGCUUUGCAACGCUAUGCCACUGAGAGUGAGGAUGAGGACCUGACCUAUAAACUGACUGUAGUGAAGAAAUACGGCACCCAAAUCCCUCAUCUGGUCAGCUGCAUCAUCGCCAGCGCAACAAAAAACAUCCAGCAAGCAGAUUUCAUCCUGGGCACAGUGCACAAGUCAAAAGGCCUCGAGUUCCAUACGGUCAUCAUGGCAGACGACUUCAAAACAGUGCCCAGAGCCGCAUCCCCCCUGCGGGUCUCACUCCCAAGAGAUGUUCAAGAAGACGAGUGGAAUUUGCUGUACAUAGCUGUGACUCGAGCUAAAAGAAAGCUGUUCCUCAACAAAACCAUCAUCAGUAUCCUGGAAAUGAAAGGGCACUGCUUCCUGCAGUCAGGGAUGAUCAUGGCGGAUCCACCUUUUGUAUGUUGCGCUCCAUACAGACGAACUUGUGGAAUGGUGAAUGGAAUUGCUAUGAGGAAGAUGCCUGUCACAUAUGUGUGUGAUCAGGAGGGUUCUGCAGUGAGUUGGAAGUGUGAGGACGGUGGGUUGCUGUGUACAUCGUGUGUAAAACGGCGCCUUGGUGUACUCUCAGCUCUGCUGGCCAUUCCCUCAUCCACAUCUUAGGGAGUUUCUCCUUUUCAGUCUUGGCUCCUCUCAGUGGUUUCUCCUCAUGUUCUUAGGGAGGUUCUCCUUUUGAGUCUUGGUUCCUCUCAGUACCUCUAAGUGUGCACAGCUCCGGUCCUGGGGGUCCUUCUCAAACACUCCUGAUUCAACUCAUCUGU